GUACGUGACGAUCUCAGCCGCACUGUUGGUGGAGAUCAUCGUGAGGAAGGCCCACCGUAGUGAUUAUUGAAGAUAUCUCUGCACUCAAAAAGACGACAGUUCCACUCGAUCGACCACGAAGCGGACAAGCCGAGGCUAUUUGUAAAUAGUUGCUCCCCCAAGAUGGACGUGUUGAUGAAGGGUUUGUCCAAAGCCAAGGAGGGUGUGGCUGUGGCUGCAGAGAAGACCAAGGAAGGAGUUGCUGUGGCGGCCGAGAAGACUAAAGAGGGAGUUAUGUUUGUAGGUAACAAAGCCAAAGACAGUGUCGGCACAGUGGCUGAGAAGACCACUGGAGCGAUGGAGAACAUUGCUGCCGCCACUGGCCUUUUGAAGAAGGAUGAAUUCCCAUCUGACAUGAAUCCUGAGGAAUAUGGGCAGGAGGCCAUGGAGGGCCAGUCAGAGGGAAUGCUGGAGCCAGAAGGAGAGACAUAUGAUGACACCCAGCAGGCUGCUGACCGGUAACAACUUCCUGUGCUCCAUGCAGGUCAUGCGUUAAGGAAAGCCAAGACUACGAGCCAGAAGCAUAAAAGCAUCAGUGCGAGCCACCAUUCAACCAGCAGCACAAUAAUAUUUCUAAUAAAGGACAAAUACUAUUCCAAUUAUUCUCCUGUUUCCAAAAAAACCCUCC